AUGGUUAAUCUGAGAUCGGGUGGAACGCCUGAUUUAACGAAGGACUACGUGACGACGCGUAGAAGAAGUCCUCAAACACCGGAGGCACAACAAGAAGGACUGGACGCAGGUCUACCAACACCUGCAACCAACAGAAAGGUGAUUGCCCCAGGGGCUUUUGAACCUGACGAGACAAUCGAAGAAGAAUCGAACAAGUCGAAUAUCGAAUACGAAGACCCAAUUGACAACAAUGAGAUGUCGGAUAACGCGGGUGGCUCUAGUAGCCGUGAUGAUGUGAGUGAGGAAACUCGCAUGAGAUUGGAGAUCGCGAGACUCCAGCAUGAAGUCCAACAGAUGAAAGCAAGUAGAGGUGAACCCUCUGCUAGUGAUGAGAACAUUAAUGCAGAUUUAGCAAACUAUCUGCAGAGAAAAGGCAGAACGUCUGCUAUUGUGAAGAUUCUUAAUGAAUUCCGUGACCAAUUUUAA